GAGGAACUGAAAGCACGUGGGGAUCCUGGGCCUCUCAUCCCGCUGCCCUGACGCCCACCAGAGCCCGGGUCCCCCUUCCCCUGCCGGGAUGCUGCUCGCUCUGCUGCUCCUCCCCUGGGCAUGGGGGGCCCUGGCCGCCUCCCCUCCUGUCCCCCCAGCGUCUAUCACCCUCCAGCUGCUCCAAAUCGACGUCUUCCACAACGCAGGCUCCACGGACACACAGGGGAUGGCCCUGCUGGGUGACCUGGAGACCCACUCCAUGGACUGCAGCACCUGCGAGAUCCGCUUCCUGCAGCCCUGGGCCCAGCAGGGCCUGACCCCGAAGCAGUGGCAGGACCUGGAGCUGCUGAUCCAUCGCUACCUGUUCAACUUCAACCGGACUGUGAACAGAUUAGCCCAGCACCACGGAGGGAGCUGUGAGUAUGGAGCGGUCUGAGGGGAUCCCUCCCCCCACCCACCCGGGGUGCUGAGAACUGACACACUCACCACAGCCACUGAGUGUGUCAUUGGGGGCAAGACAGCCAGUCCCUGGCCCUUUGGUUGAUUGGAGCCGGCGUCCCCCAGAGGGGAAACACCC